AUGACUAUGAUCGAUGUGGUCUCAACACAAUGCUUGCCGUAUCCUGUUGCCGCAAAGAUAGGCAACGUCACACUUUCCAACGCCCAGGAGGCAAGAGGAGUGGCGGUGUCCAUAGGAACACCAGAGCAGGAAUUCGCCUUUCUUCCACAGUGGCAUCUGAACAACACUCUUGUGUACGGUACUAAUGGCUUUUGCAUCGGUUUGGAGGUGUCUCCACAGACUGAAGACGGGUGCACGACAUUUCGGGGUGGACAGUACGACAUGGUUGCAUCAUCCAGCCGAAAGAAGACGGAUUCGGACUCCCAUCCCGUAGAUGGCGCCCAAUUUCCGAGCAUGAAUUUCGUCUCCGACAACGUCAAGAUCAACGAAAAUGUCUCGCUCGAUGGCUUCCCUAUUGGCAUCCCUCUUCAAGAUUGGGCCCAGCAAGGCUAUCAUCCCAUGAUGGCUCUCGGUAUGGGAGCCAACUCAACACUUCUCACCGCGCUCACGUCCAGCGGGAAGAUCGCCUCACGCGUUUGGAGCAUGUUUCAUGGCUGGACUGGCGGUAGUUCCCGCAGCCAAGUUGAUGGCACCUUUGUCCUCGGUGGGUACGAUCGUGCCAAGGUCAAUGGCCGCGGCUAUAAGAUGUCCCUUCAACAGACGGAAGGUUGUGACACCGCCAUGAUGGUGACCAUAACCGACCUUGUCCUCAAUUUCCCCAACGGAACCACCGCCAGCAUUUUUCCGAAUACGCUCCGAAAUGCCCUCACUGCAUGCAUCGUACCCGACUAUCCUGUCCUCAUGACGCUCCCCAUCGACCCUCACUUGGAUAACUUUAUGGAUAUCACGAACCAGACCAUCACGCAACGCACCUUUGGCGAAGCCUACUUCAGCAUGGUCUACAGUGACGACGAUGUGCCCUACGAUGGUGACAUGACAAUCGUCAUUCAGGCUGGUCCUUCCAUCCGCAUCCCCAACCACCAGCUCAUCGUCCCUAAUCGGGUCAUGCCAUCCGACUCGCCUGGCUGGGUGGCAAACUACUCAAGCCAUAACCUCGUCAUCAACGGCAUUCAGGGGGGCAACUCUGACGACGUUAUCAAGCUUGGGAGACAGUUCCUCUCGUCGGCAUACGUUAUGCUCAACCAAGACACGAGCGAGUUCACAUUGUGGGAGUCAAACCCGACCGCCGACGUUGACCUCGUCGCUGUCGAUUCCAGUGGGAAUGAGUCAACGGAGUGGUGCGAGCCCGAGGAGAUAGAGUCCCCGUCCGGAAGUGGAACGCCUGCCCAAACGAACCCAGCGUCCGCAGAAAGCGACAGCGGCCCGUCCACUGGCCUCAUUGCCGGGGCUGCGGCAGGCGGAGGCGCCGCCCUGAUAAUCAUCGCCAUCGUCUCUUGGCUCCUGAUCCGUCGGCGACACAAGAAGCGAGCCGCUGCUGCUGCCGCUGCUUUGGCACCAGAGAUACAGUACACCGGUGCACCGGCCGACCACAUCUCCUCUCAUGACGGUUGGUCGCAGGGUGGCACACCCGCCAACGGCCAAGUCCCCCAGUACGCAGAGCUUCCAUACCAAGAAUAUCCCCGGGAUGGGUACUUCAAGCCAGAGCUGCAGGGAACAACGCCUGACCCGCAUCGUCCGAUUCAGGGGCCGAAGGAUCAGAAUCAUGGUAGUUACGAGUUGGCAUAG